AGAACAGUUAGAGAUUCACUUCAAAACGUCAGCAAUCCACAACAUGUGAAGAAGAAUUAGCCCUGAUAUUUUAUACAGCAGACAGCUGGGAUGUCUACCACGGAGGCAGUGGGCAUUUUCUUUUAUUGGGGACUUGAUUUCGGCUGUGUGGCAACCUUUGUAGGUCAAACUCUGUGACUGGGCUCUAGCAACCGAGAGAAGGUGGAGCUCAGAUGGUAGAGUCCGCUGGUGGCGCUCAGAACGUAGAGUCCUCUGCAGGUUCCUAACAAAUACAUGUAUGCUGGAUGUUUGUCCAUCUUUAUUUUGUCACACCUUUUUAUAUAAUAAAAUGUGGUCUGUGCAUCCUAAUAUUUUCAUAGCCUGUCUGAAAUAUAGCAAGAUGGCAGAGACCUUGUAAUCGUUAACACUUUAUAUCUCCCCUCCCCCCUGCAGAACUGUAAUUUUUAUUUAUGUCAGUUAAAGCAGUUUGUAAUUACAGACUGAUGAUAUAUUUGCUGUUUAUCAUAGGCUUCACAUAAACACUAUUCUUAUAAUUUUAAAGUAACACAUUUGGAAUAUAAUCCUGUUUUCCUAGUGAUAGUGUUCCUGUCCCUUGUUGUAGUAAGGUUCCUUUCUUUAUAAAAACAAAAGAUUUAUUAGCCUUUUCCAUAGAGGAGAGUUGUGGAUAUAAUGCACUGCAAACACAUUCAAACUACCCCGUAUUAAAGUAUUGUAGUCAGUGCUUCCUCGUAAAGUGACCAGGUUUUACUCGGUCAGUGCAGCUGGCACGACUCUAAUGGCUGUAAAUAUUGACUGCUGUCGAAGUGGAUUUAAGCCUGCAAUGUAAACACUGCUGUUUUCCAAAGGAAAAAAAAACUAUUUCAGGGUUAAAAGGAUAGGAGCACUGCACCAAGACAACUUAAUUGAUCUGAAGUGGUCUAGAUGAUGAUGGUGUCCCUUUAAUUGAUAUGAAGUGGUCUAGGUGAUGGUAGUGUCCCUUUAAUACAUCUGAAGUGGUCUAGGUGAUGGUAGUGUCCCUUUAAUUGAUAUGACGUGGUCUAGGACGAUAGUGUCCCUUUAAUGCAGUGAAGGGCUUAAUACAGCUAGUAGAACGGCCAUAUGAUUAUGUAUUAGCGCUGUCUGUCCUACUUCGAAUCUUGUUACUGGUAUGUAUAUAUGCUUGGAGUGGAAACACAUUGCCUCUGGUUGUGUUUCGGGCCACUGCAUUUGCUCCAGGAUACAAUUGAGGAUUUCGGUCUAUAGGGUAGAGGAAGUGACUUGUGAGUUCAACACUAAUGCAUUGUAGCUAUUUACAUUUGUCAAAAUAAAUCCAAAGACGUGCUUAAAGGUUCACACUAAGCACCAUAACCACUGCAGCAGCUGUAGUGUUGAUGGUGCUUAGACUGUCCUUUUGAUUUGAGGUUGCUCUAUUCAUUGUAAUGCCUUUUGGUAGUGGACCUGUCACUACAAAAAAAGCAUACUUUGUUUUAAAAUGUCAUUUUGAUGUGGCCAUAGAACAGUAAAUCGAUAGUGUCCAAGUGAUACGUUGAACAGUAUUUUCUAUAGUGUCCCAUUGAUGCAACGUGUACAAUAUUCUCUAUAGGGUCCCAGUGAUACGUUGUGUGCAGUAUCCUCUAUAGGGUCCCAGUGAUAUAGUGUGCAGUAUUCUCUAUAGGGCCCCAGUGAUACGUUGUGUGCAGUAUUCUCUAUAGGGCCCCAGUGAUACGUUGUGUGCAGUAUUCUCUAUAGGGUCCCAGUGAUAUAGUGUGCAGUAUUCUCUAUAGGGCCUCAGUGAUAUAGUGUGCAGUAUCCUCUAUUGGGUCCCAGUGAUACGUUGUGUGCAGGAUCCUCCAUAGGGUCCCAGUAAUGCGUUGUGUGCGGUAUCCUCAGUCUAUAGGAUCCCAGUGAUACGUUGUGUGCAGUAUCCUCAGUCUAUAGGGUCCCAGUGAUGCGUUGUGUGAAGUAUCCUCAGUCUAUAGGGUCCCAGUGAUACGUUGUGUGCAGUAUCCUCAGUCUAUAGGGUCCCAGUGAUGCGUUGUGUGCAGUAUCCUCAGUCUAUAGGGUCCCAGUGAUACGUUGUGUGCAGUAUCCUCAGUCUAUAGGGUCCCAGUGAUACGUUGUGUGCAGUAUCCUCAGUCUAUAGGGUCCCAGUGAUGUGUUGUGUGCAGUAUCCUCUAUAGCAGUGGUUCUCAAACUAGUCCUCAAGACCCACCAACAGUCCAGGUUUUGUUAGUAUCCCCAAUGGAAUAAAACAGGGAAAUACAUAAAUCCUGGUCUGUUGGUGGUCCAUGAGGACUGGCUUGAGAACCACUGCUCUAUAGGGGUCCAGUAUGCUCUAUAGGUCCCAGUGAUACGUUGGGUGCAGUAUCCUCUAUAGGGUCCCAGUGAAACGUUGUGUGUAGUAUUCUCUAUAGGGCCCCAGUGAUACAUUGUGUGCAGUGUUCUCUAUAGGGCCCCAGUGAUGCGUUGUGUGCCGGAUUCUCCAUAGGGUCCCAGUGAUAUAGUGUGCAGUAUCCUCUAUAGGGCCUCAGUGAUAUAGUGUGCAGUAUCCUCUAUAGGGUCCCAGUGAUGCGUUGUGUGCAGGAUUCUCCAUAGGGUCCCAGUGAUAUAGUGUGCAGUAUUCUGUAUAGGGCCUCAGUGAUAUAGUGUGCAGUAUUCUGUAUAGGGCCUCAGUGAUAUAGUGUGCAGUAUUCUGUAUAGGGCCUCAGUGAUAUAGUGUGCAGUAUUCUGUAUAGGGCCUCAGUGAUAUAGUGUGCAGUAUUCUCUAUAGGGCCCCAGUGAUACGUUGUGUGCAGUAUCCUCUAUAGGGUCCCAGUGAUGCGUUGUGUGCAGGAUUCUCCAUAGGGUCCCAGUAAUGCGUUGUGUGCGGUAUCCUCAGUCGAUAGGAUCCCAGUGAUGCAUUGUGUGCAGUAUCCUCAGUCUAUAUGGUCCCAGUGAUACGUUGUGUGCAGUAUCCUCAGUCUAUAUGGUCCCAGUGAUACGUUGUGUGCAGUAUCCUCAGUCUAUAUGGUCCCAGUGAUACGUUGUGUGCAGUAUCCUCAGUCUAUAGGGCCCCAGUGAUACGUUGUGUGCAGUAUUCUCUAUAGGGUCCCAGUGAUAUAGUGUGCAGUAUCCUCUAUAGGGUCCCAGUGAUGCGUUGUGUGCAGGAUUCUCCAUAGGGUCCCAGUGAUAUAGUGUGCAGUAUUCUGUAUAGGGCCUCAGUGAUAUAGUGUGCAGUGUUCUCUAUAGGGCCCCAGUGAUAUAGUGUGCAGUAUUCUGUAUAGGGCCUCAGUGAUAUAGUGUGCAGUAUUCUGUAUAGGGUCCCAGUGAUACGUUGUGUGCAGGAUUCUCCAUAGGGUCCCAGUAAUGCGUUGUGUGCGGUAUCCUCAGUCUAUAGGAUCCCAGUGAUACGUUGUGUGCAGUAUCCUCAGUCUGUAGGGUCCCAGUGAUGCAUUGUGUGCAGUAUCCUCAGUCUAUAUGGUCCCAGUGAUACGUUGUGUGCAGUAUCCUCAGUCUAUAUGAUCCCAGUGAUACGUUGUGUGCAGUAUCCUCAGUCUAUAUGGUCCCAGUGAUGUGUUGUGUGCAGUAUCCUCAGUCUAUAGGGCCCCAGUGAUACGUUGUGUGCAGUAUCCUCAGUCUAUAGGGCCCCAGUGAUACGUUGUGUGCAGUAUCCUCAGUCUAUAGGGUCCCAGUGAUACGUUGUGUGCAGUAUCCUCAGUCUAUAGGGUCCCAGUGAUGUGUUGUGUGCAGUAUCCUCUAUAGCAGUGGUUCUUAAACUAGUCCUCAAGACCCACCAACAGUCCAGGUUUUGUUAGUAUCCCCAAUGGAAUAAAACAGGGAAAUACAUAAAUCCUGGUCUGUUGGUGGUCCAUGAGGACUGGCUUGAGAACCACUGCUCUAUAGGGGUCCAGUAUGCUCUAUAGGUCCCAGUGAUACGUUGGGUGCAGUAUCCUCUAUAGGGUCCCAGUGAUACAUUGUGUGCAGUGUUCUCUAUAGGGCCCCAGUGAUGCGUUGUGUGCAGGAUUCUCCAUAGGGUCCCAGUGAUAUAGUGUGCAGUAUCCUCUAUAGGGCCUCAGUGAUAUAGUGUGCAGUAUCCUCUAUAGGGUCCCAGUGAUAUAGUGUGCAGUAUUCUCUAUAGGGCCUCAGUGAUACGUUGUGAGCAGUAUCCUCUAUAGGGUCCCAGUGAUACGUUGUGAGCAGUAUCCUCUAUAGGGUCCCAGUGAUACGUUGUGAGCAGUAUUCUCUAUAGGGUCCCAGUGAUACAUUGUGUUCAAUAACCACUAUAGGGUCUCAGUGAUACGUUGUGAGUAGUAUCCUCUAUAUGGUAGUAUUCUCUAUAUGUGUGUAGUAUUCUCUAUAGGGUCCCAGUGAUACAUUGUGUUCAAUAACCACUAUAGGGUCUCAGUGAUACGUUGUGAGUAGUAUCCUCUAUAUGGUAGUAUUCUCUAUAUGUGUGUAGUAUUCUCUAUAGGGUCCCAGUGAUACAUUGUGUUCAAUAACCACUAUAGGGUCUCAGUGAUACGUUGUGAGUAGUAUCCUCUAUAUGGUAGUAUUCUCUAUAUGUGUGUAGUAUUCUCUAUAGGGUCCCAGUGAUACAUUGUGUGCCGUAUUCUCUACAGCAGAGAUAGGCAACCUUUUAGUAGUACUGUGCCAAAACAAGAUCUUGGUUCCAGAGGUGCUGGGAGUUAAAGGGUUCCAGAGGUGCUUGGUAGGUCUCGGAGUUCAAGGGUUCCAGAGGUGCUGGAAGGGUUCCAGAGGUGCUGGGUAGGUCUGGGAGUUGGAGGGUUCCCGAGGUGCUUGGUAGGUCUGGAAGUGAUGGGAAUUGGAGGGUUCCAGAGGUGCCUGGUGGGUCUGGCAGUGGCACAGAGAAAUGUGUGGUUGGUUGCUGAUUGACUAAUUUGUGUCUGUCUCUUGCUUUCUAGGUUUCCUUCCAUCAUGUUCCUCAUCAAUCAGUAUAUGGGAGGAGGACGAGGAGGUGGUGGAGGAGUAGGACUUUUUGGAGGGUUAAUCAGUGCGCUCAGGUGAGUGUUGCACUUUUGUGUAUUUUUUGUUCUUUAUUCUAGGACUAGUACAGCCAUAAUAUGACUUGAAUACUAGUAGAAGUUAUGACGGUACACUAGGUGGCAUGGUUUAAUGCUAGUUCUCUUAUGAAUGCUCAUGGCUAAAGAAUAGAUAGGACUACUGUAAGUGCAGUGUGCGGAGACACCAUGUUAUAUAGCCAGAACUUUGAGGAUACAGGAUCUUUGGUUCACCGUCCAUACCUGGUAGGGUUAGCAUGUUGUUAUGCUCAAUUCUCUUCAUCUGCUGCUAAUAGCCCCUUACACUAACAGGCUUAUUCACGAAAGUGAGAAUUGUUUGGAAUUCUAAAUGAAUCUAAUCUAUUUAGUGACAAGCUUUCUUAUACUGGUCACUAAGCAGGUUAGGACUCUCCUUUUGGCAUUUAAACAAACUCAGCUGAUUAUGGUGGACUUGAUUUAAAUCAAAUUAAUUUAAAUUGCUACUUACUAAGAAUUGAUGUACUAUUACUGGCAUUUAUAAAGUGCCACAAAUUCCGCAGCGCUGUACAAUUGUGGAAAAAGACAGUACAAUAUACACAGAAAACAAAUAAGGGGCUCAGUUCCACCAUAUGGCCAUAUCGUGUUAAAGGACCAAUCUAGGCACCCAGACCACUUCAGCUCAAUGAAGUGGUCUGGGUGCCAGGUCCCUCUAGGAUUAACCCUUUCUUCUAUAUUUAUAAAUGGGUUAAUCCAGCCUCCAAAGCCUCUAGUGGCUGUCUCAUUGACAGCCGCUAGAGGUGUUUGCGUGCUUCUCACUGUGAAAAUCACAGUGAGAAGAUGCCAGCGUCCAUAGGAAAGCAUUAUGAAUGCUUUCCUAUGAGACUGGCUGAAUGCGCGCGCAGCUCCCACAAUCACUUAGAAACCCACACCCUGUCACACUCACCCAUCCACAACACUCCCAUCCAAACCCCCAACACGGUCACGCUCACCCACCUUCACACCUACUCCCCAAACCCUAUCACACUUACCCAACGGAUGUCAGUGUGUAAGUACCAGUGGGUGUAUCUCUGUGUGUGGCUUUGUGUCUGUGUAUUUGCAUGUAUUAAUAACCAAUUAAAAUGUAUACAGAUACACCUAUUAGUGGAUAAAACACACACUUAGUGGGCAAUAGAUAGAAAAUUCUCAGCAAUUACCCUUGUACUGUAGAUAAGGACUCCUCUCAGUCCUCAAAGCAAUAUAGAAAAUAUUCCCAUAGGUAAUCUACAAUACAAUCGUAACGGAGAAAAACAAUAAUGUUGCAACAAUUGAGUGUAAAAUUUAAGUCCCACUCAAAAACCAGUAUUGAUUGUAGGCAUAUCAGCCUCAAGACUUGUGGAACAUCAUGGCAAAUAUAGAAGGAAACAAAGAAAAUAAUAGUGCAGAGUAUCUUAAUAAAACAACACUUUUUAAUAGGAAGGCACACUUACAAGAUUGAAGUGGCAAACAGAUAUUACAGGAUCACAGGAUCCUAGGAUCAGGAAAACCAGAAAACAUAAAAUAUUAGCAUAAAACAAAUAAGUAAACUUUGUACACUAUGAAGCAGCCCUACGCGUUUCGUUCGGUAUCCUUUGAACGUCCUCAGGGGCAUAUAAUGAAAUUCCUGGUGCGUGGUGUCCAGAAGCUCUUUUAAACCUGUCUAAUAUUGACACACAGUGCGAACCUAUCGGCAACGUACUUCGGGUCCGUCCCUUGUAGUGCUUCCGGGUACGCCCAUCUGACGUUUCUGGAAAUGCGGCUCAGACCUCUCUUUCAGAUUGUAUCCAGGCAGACUGACGUGCGCACUUGCGUUGCAUUCAACGGCUUGCGUUCCACCACUCGUUCAAGAGCGGAAAAAGUCCAUGUUAACCAUGAAAGGAUAGAAAAUAUAUAUAUCUCACAAGGCAGCACCAAAAUAUCAGGAUAAUAAUAAGAGAUCCCACAUGAAAUAAUAAAUUUUAAUUAAAAUUUAACAAACCCUAAUUAAUAUAUUGCAAGAAAUCCCUUCUAAUAGGGAAGCAGAAUUAAAUCGCUAAAGUGUUAAAAAGCAACAUGAUCAGAAACUAACAUUAUCAAAAACUGUUAACAAAAAAAUGACACCGGAGUAGAAAAUGUCAGAAUAGUUGGAGACAAAUUUAAAUCGAAAUCAACAUUCAGUCCCCUUGGUUGCAUUGUUUUUAAAGUAUGUAUCCAGUAGCCCUCUCUCUUUCUCAAUAGUAACACGAGGUCACCACCUCUUUCAUCCAGGGUUACUUGUUCAAUAAUUGUACAUUUGAGAGUAUUAAAAUUAAAGAGGGGGCAUUUAUUACAAUGGAAUGGCACUGAAUAUGUCCACAUAUGUUUUUUGAUGUUAUUUCUAUGUUCCUGAAGUGUGAUUUUUAGCUUUUCUUCCUGUCCUCCCUACAUAUUGCACAUGUGAGAAGGUAUACAACAUGUGUUGAGGAACAGGACACUGUACCUUUGAUUUUAAACUUUUCCUUAGUUUGCGUAGUGCUAAAAUUUUUGGUAACUUUAUAUUGAUAAUUGCAACUUAUGCAGUUCCCACAUGUAUGAAAGCCCUCUUUUUUUCCAUUCUCAUUGGUUUAACAACUAAAUCUCUUGACCUUGUCUGCAUGCUUUUAGUUGGUAAUGAAUGAGUGGAUCUAACGAAGUGUUACUACGUAUCUCUCCUUUCUAAACCUCGUCACUGCUUUGCUGCCUAGAGAUUAACUUAUUUCUAAUAUAGAAGUAUUUCUCUUAUCUUUCAUCUGUUCACAAAUUUUGCCUUAAAUCUAGUGUUUUGUAUUAUUUACACAAGCCACCAGUGCCAUCCCAUAUUUAGUUCUUCGCUCUGUCCUGUCCCCACCAGAACAUUGCUUGAACCCUUCCAUUUGUCUAUCAAUAGUUAUCUUACCAUAUCUUCUGCUUUUCCGAUCCGACAUUGAGGAUUCGGUGAUACCGAACUAGUUAGGAUACAACAGGUUUGAAAUGUCUUCAGUGUUAAACAACUUGAAAAUAGUUUCAUAUAAAAUAAAGGGGUAGCAUCAAAGGGCUCCAGGUACUAUAACCAUUUCAAUAACAGGAAAUGGUCAUAGUGCCUACAGAGUCCGUUUUAAAGAGCUACUCUGGGAUUCAGUUUAAUUGCGGAUUACGCAAUUAAAUUAUUAUUUUUUUCCCAAGAUUUUAGAGUCCAGUGUGGAGAAAAACACGCUAUGUAAAUGAGGACUAUGCUAUCCAAAGCACAGAACUUCCUUUUUCCUCUGAUUAACUUAACGCAGCCCUGCAAUUGUAAAUGAGGAACCAGGUCCAAAACUGAAGGAUAGUUUAUUAUGGUGACAUAGACCAUCACUGGUCCUUGGGCUUAAACGAAGAGAACGAAAUGAUGAAAGAGGGAGGGGUCCAUGGGUAUUAAUAUCUAAAUAUAAUCUUUUCAGAUUUUUAACCACUUCAUGAUCCUGGCUAGUUUGUAUCUUUUUAAAAGUGAGGCCAUUUUAUCAGUUUUCCCUGCUUUACCUAUUGUAAUCUGCAGCUACUAAUGUCUGUGAAGGUAAAUUGGUGUCCGUCUUGAUGUUCGAGAAUGCUUCCUGUGUCUAGGAUUGUCACAGGUCAUGUACCACUUGUUUUAAAGCUAAAAGGUUUCAAUGUAGCUAUGCUGAGUUGGUAAAUUAGAAGGUAGGAAGGAAAUCUUUGUAAUUACCUGGAUGUUGAGCAAUCGGUAACAGGAUUUGGAUUUUCUUGCAGUGAUGGAGCCUCAAACUACAGACCAGAUCCACCGGUAAGUGACUCCACAGCUGGAUUCCACUAACCCAUCAUCAUCGCUUUCUUUCAACUUGACUCUGAGAUUCAAUCCCAUCCAGUCUUCCUUCAGCCCAGGAAACUCUUCCUCCCUUCCUACACCUUCAUCCCUCUAUAGAACCUUCACAAGCUUUGGCCUAGACUUCCCCUGUCUUCAUGUCUUAGUUCCAGAAAACCCCCGCUUCCCCUCCAGCUUUGUCAUUGGGGAUUCUCUUCCACCCUCCCUCUUUCUGUACUACCAGGACUCCGCAGGGCAUUCCUCCCUUCUGACACAAAACCCUUGUUCUGCUCACUGCUUGCCUUGUUGCAUGUACCUACCUCAGUUACACUUACUAUUCCUUUUUGCUUGUAAUAUUUUCUUUUAUCUCCAGCUAUGUAUAUUUUCUGGAAUCUCUUUGUCAAUGUAUUUUGUCUUCUCAUUAGCCACCACGCACUCAUUUUUCAAACGUUGAGGCAAAUGAAAGUGAGGAGGAAAGACAGUUCCGGCGACUGUUCAACCAGCUGGCUGGGGACGUGAGUUUUCGUUUAUUUUAAUAGCAAGCUUUGUUAUGGGUCACCUUCCUUGCGCAGUCUGUGUGGUGUGUUGGGUGAAGCAUUGAUGGUAACCUUGGCCUCUUUGUGUAUGUUUGUAUCCUGCUUUUACAUGAGGCAGUGCUUCCAGUCUUUGCUGCCAGUUUUCUAAUUAAUUUGCCUUUGUGUUUCCAGGAUAUGGAAGUCAGUCCCUCAGAACUAAUGGGAAUCCUGAAUAAGGUGGUGGCAAGACGUAAGUAAGCUCUGGGAACUGAACACGGUGGUUGGGCUAGGGUUUCUGGCUUACUUCGUAUCUACGAUAUGUGGCCAUACUUGCUUAUUACUGAUAUUUCAGCAUCAUCCAUUGCUUACAGGAGAUCAUAAAGGUUUUUAUUUUUUCUAAUAAUAAUGUGCAAUAUAAGACCUCUGAGGCAGCAUGUACCUUGUUUACUGGUUUAUAAGAUUUCAAUAAGACACUCUGUAUUGUUUCAUUUCCUUUCAGACCAGGAUCUGAAGACAGACGGGUUUAGUCUGGAUUGCUGUCGCAGUAUGGUGGCCGUGAUGGAUGUAUCCUCUUGGUGUUUUGUACGGGAGUUGGCAGCUUGUGCAUUCCUGUUUACAUUCAGAUUCAGAAACACAUCAGGCUUAGUAUAGUAGGAAGAGGGGCGCUAAGACAUUAUGUAGGUCAGGGGUAUGCAAUCUUCUGCACUUCAAAUGUUAUGGACUACUUCUUCCCUGAUUCUUUGCCAGCAUGAUUGCUGUAAGAGCAAUGUAGGGGAUGCCGUCCACAACAUCUGGCGUGCCGAAGGUUGCCUACUCCUGAUGGAAAGUCCUGGGUGGGGUGCCGGAGUAAAGGUGAGUCAUUCAUGCUUUUCUUGUGUAGGUCGACACGUGCCUGUAGAAACAAACGACACAUUCUGCCACAGGAUAUGCAACUGGGCAGCAGAAUCAUUAGGUAAUAGACCAAGGUGCACCCAAAGGUAACCUAUAGAGAGGAAGUGAUGAUAUCAUUCAAAUGUUCUCGGCUCACUCCUCAAUGCAAAUGCUUCCCGUUUUGCCAGUAUCCCCUUAAUAAAGAGGUUAGGAAUGAUUAUAUCCUGGACUGUUGGUUGCCCUGGGGGAUUGGUUUAGGAAGCACUGGUAUAAUGUGAGGUAGGUGAACUCAUAUCGUAACGUGUGUAAUGUACCUUUUAAUAAACCAGGUGAGGUUGAGGGUGGUUUAGAUUUAGCAUGUUGAGUUACUAGUAUUAGAACAGCAGAGAAUUCCGACACAUUCGAAUAUUUCAUUUGAACAUACAAAGGUCGUACCUUAAUCUUUUCUGCACAGAGUGACAGCACCGGGAAACUGGGAUUUGAAGAAUUUAAAUAUUUAUGGAACAAUAUCAAAAAGUGGCAGGUAUGUUUGCAUCAAACCCCACCAUGGAGUAAAUAUGCUAAAAACCUGAGAUAACCUUUCACUGCGAUAUUCAUUUUGAAUGGCUUUAUUUCUUUAUAGGGAGUGUACAAGAGAUUCGAUAUGGACCGUUCAGGAACCAUUGGUACUAAUGAACUCCCAGGAGCUUUCCAGACGGCAGGUAUGGCACUCUAUCAGACGCCGUGAGCUCUGUAAAUUCUUUAAGCAUGUGUCUUGAGUUGGGAGACAGUCUACAUUGACAGGACUGGGUAUAAAACCUUAACCCCUAAAGGACCAACAACACUUUUGAUGUCAUGUCAAUAUAUUCUUUAAGAUUUAAGGUUCAUUCAUAAAGUAUUCAGACUAUAUCUUUAUGUUACAACAUGAAAAAAAGUAGUUUAAAACCGGGGAGCUCUGUGAGUGCUGUGAAGUACAAAUGGUUUUAAAGGUCAAAGGAAAAAACUGAACGUGGGGUAAAGGAAAAAAAAAAAAAGUCCUCUCUUUCCCGUCUUGGACUCAGGACGUCGGGCAAGGAGUUCCAAAUCCUCAUCAAGAAAUGCAAAGAAAAAUCAAAAAAUGUCAGAAGUGAGUGCUCUCAUACAGAAAGGAACAUGGCGGGGAAAGCAAAAGCCAAACAAUAUAUAUUUUAAUUUUUUUUGCCUUUGUUUCCCCAGUUUGUUAAUGUACCUCGUGGAAUAAACCUUUCCUUUUGGAUUCGGAGCGCUUUUUUAUGUUGCAGCCUUAAGCUACAAUUGUUUGAAUUGACAUUUUGUUUUACAUAUCGAUCUACUCGACAUCCCAUAAUAACAAAGCAAGAAACAGAUUUUAAUCAUUUAAACAAUUGUAGCAUAAGGCGGCAGCAGCAUGUAAAAAUGAAGGGGUCUGAAUACUUUGUAUAAUGAAAUGACUGAUGUAAUGAUGACCUCAGGUCUGCGUAGAAGGAGGACUUUAUUUGUGGCGUAUUGUCUAUAUUGACCGGAUUUUGGGGACAGCGAAUUGGACCAAUUGGUUCUCAGGAGGUUAAUACUCUGUUUCUGUCCACUUCUCAGUGGGUAAUCUUACAGUGACCAUGUCAGAUGACAUGGUGGGUGAUACUGGUGACAGACGGCAGUGAAAGUGUGUCUGUAAAAGAUUUUAUAAAGGGUGGGAACAAUGUUAGCGAUAUUCACCAUUCUCUGAAUUGUCUGUUUAGGCUUCAAGCUGAACCCCCAGCUCUAUCACAUGAUUAUCCGUCGGUAUUCCGAUGAGAAAGGAGAAAUGGAUUUUGAUAACUUCAUCUGUUGCUUAGUGCGACUGGACGCCAUGUUCCGUGAGUAACCAGCAGGGAUUCCUGUAAACUCUUUUCUACCUGAUCUGUUUGGGAAAACAGAAUAAAGGGUCUAAUACAAAAUGCAUCUGAAAUCCAAAAGCUGAAUUAAAAUCCGAUAAGGAGGAGAUGUAACUGGUAGCGUUAUUAGAUUCUCUAGUUUUUAAUAUAUGUAAUAAAAUGCCAUGUGACUAAAUACAUCCCAGAGGAUAAAGGCAUUAUCAAGACACUAAUAUAAUGUGUAGCUUAUUGAUAUUGUUUUAUAUUAAGUGUUAUUGUGUGUCUCUAUAUAUUUAGUGUAAAUUUUUAGAGUUUAACAGAAAGACGCUUACGUGUUUUAGUAACAAACCAUAAUUAAUUCUUGUCUCUGGUUAUAUUUAUUUUAUUUUAAUGUCUGAGAUCCUUUACUAAUCAUUUAGUCUAUCAAGCUACAAUUAAUAUAAUUUGGUAUUUCUAAGAAUUAUGAAUGGAUCAGGCACUUGUUCCGGUGUUUGUUCAGAUGUAGGUCUGACUAAAUCCAAUGUGCUUAGAGUAGUGGCGUGUAUAGCUUAUGGAUUGCAUAUUCGUUCAGUCUAGGUCCUUCUGUCCCGGCAUGUGUACUCGGUCACAUUCUCACCAUUAUUUUUGUUUUUAGGUGCAUUUAAAGCUCUGGAUAAAGAUGGAGAUGGUCAGAUUAAAGUGACCAUUCAGGAGGUGAGUAUAUUUAUUCUAUGUACAGGUAACAGAUGGUAAUAUCUAUACCUGCAUUUGUGUCCCAUUUUAUUCCUCCCCCAAUAUUCUACCGAAUUUCAUCCAUAAUUACUUCUCCUUCUUUCUACAGUGGCUCCAGUUGACCAUGUACUCCUGAGCGUUCCACGAAGCAUGAAAGGUCUUCAGAUAUUUCUUGAUCACUCCCUCUGUCCUUGAUGAUGUAUACCGAUCUCGUUUUAUAUAUCUAUUGUACGGCAAGAGACUGUAAAGUUUUUCACGUUUAGUUUACAGAACCGUACAAUGCAUCCAUAAAGGAUUAUUGCUAUGUACUUCAUGUUACAUGAAGGAAAUAAACUUACAUUCUGCUGUGUGAGAGUCUGUAAUAUGUGAACCAGUAACGUAGCAGCCAUUUACUUUUUGGUUCUGUUUUAAUUAUUCUAACUCAUGUUCAUAAUCCUGAUACUGUAUUUUAAAUUGCAUUAAAGGGACAU